UUCAGAACCUCCACGUGGGAUCCAAAUGAGUCUUUACCUCAGGACUAUGCCAGAAUAUUUGCUUUUGAUAACGUCGCCAGGACUCAAAAGCUUGUGCUCAAGCAAGCCCUGAAGAUGGAAGAAGAAGACAGAGAUGACUGUGUACAAACUGGGUCAUAUGUACGGAUGCAUAUUAAAGAAGUGCCUCUUGGUGCCGCCUCUAAACUAUCCUCGCUUGUGAACACGACGAAACCCAUUAUAGGAUUUGGUCUUUUGCAGCAUGAAUCCAAGAUGUCGGUUCUGCAUUUUAGCGUAAAGAAGUAUGAUGGUUACGAAGCUCCUAUUAAAACAAAAGAAGAGCUUAUGUAUCGAGAGAUCCAAGGGGUUGUUGUUCUUGAGUGA